GAGCAUGUGAGCGGCUCUGAGAGAGAGUUUAGGAGACGGGGCGAGAACGAAGCGUAGUCGGCAUUUUAAAUUAUACUGGAAGUGGUUUGGAUUAGUUAUUAUUUGAGUAAAAGUGCAGUAGAGUGCGUGUGUAAAAUGAGUAGUAGUGGCGUGACUGCAGAGCAAGCGGGAAAGUAUUUCAAUGAGUUUGAAGAAGAGGAAUACGGCGCGCCGGUGGAAGAGAGAGAUUCAGACUCGGACUCAGAAUCAGAGUUUGAUUUUGACGAUUCUGACGAUGAGGUAGAGGAUCCCUCCAUUUUCGUUGACGAAGAGGAGGAGGAGGAGGAGAUGGCCACCAGCUCUGUCCGGAUGACUUCCACACCACAGAAAACACCACGGAGAACGCCACAGAAAACACCACGGAGAGCCAGAUCCAGAUCCCCGCUGUCUGAGGCAGCAACAGAAACACGCCAGGGGCGGUGGAACACCGAGAAGGACGCAGACACGGCCCCCGUUUUAAGCCGUUUUCAGCCUAAGAGGACACCAGGACCACAGAUAGAUGGGCUGGCCCCCUACAGUCCAAAAGAACUUUUUUUGUUGUUCUUUUCAGCUGACACAGUCAAGACCAUCUGUGAUAACACAAACAAAUAUGCUGCAAAAAAUCAAGCUCGUGGGAAGAAAUAUAAAUGGGUUAAAAUAAACACAGAUGAGUUAUAUAAAUUUUUGGGUCUCUUGAUCUACAUGUCCUUGGUGCAACUACCAAGUGUCCAGGACUACUGGAAACAAAAUCACUUUUUGUCUGUGCUAACUCCAGCUAAGGUUAUGUCAAGGGACAGGUUCAGGACCAUUAUGUGGAACAUACACCUAAGUAAUCCUGAGGAGGAUGUCAAAAAUGACGAAAAGAAGGGAACGCCAGGCUACGACAAACUAUUUAGACUCAGGCCUGUUUUUGAUGAGAUCCUCAAUGCCUGCCAGGCUUAUUACCACCCAAAGAGGGAGCUUGCAGUUGAUGAAAGGAUGGUGGCAACAAAGGCAAAAACCAACAUGACCCAGUACAUGAAGAACAAGCCAAACAAAUGGGGGCUAAAGCUAUUUGUGUUGGCCGAGUCAGUCAGUGGCUACACUGUGAGUUUUAGCUUGUACACUGGCAAGAACUCUCAAAGUGAGCAUGGGCUGUCUUAUGAUGCGGUUAUGAGCCUUAUUCAGCCAUCUUAUCUUGGCACUGGCUACCAUAUUUACAUGGACAAUUUUUAUACCAGUCCCACACUGUUAAUGGAUCUAGCCCGCGCAAAGUUUGGAGCUUGUGGCACCUACAGGGAAAGCAGAAAAGAAUGUCCUAAAGAGAGGCCGAAUGCUCUCACUAAGAAAAGUGAGAGAGGAUCGAUUCGAUGGAUCAGAGAGGACCCACUGGUCUUUGUGAAGUGGAUGGACACACGGGAGGUGUCCGUGUGCUCGACCAUCCACCCUGCGUUUUCAGGCGAGACGGUGCAGAGGAGGAUGAAGGAUGAAGAGAAACGCUGGAUUGUGAAAGAGAUUCCAUGUCCCACACCAAUCAUGGCAUACAACAAGUAUAUGGGUGGGGUGGACUUGUCUGAUCAGCUCAUCCAGUACUAUUCUGCACAGCGGAAAACUUAUUGUUGGUACAAGACUGUGUUUAUGCACUUGAUUGACAUUGCCUCAACAAACGCCUACAUCCUGCACCGUCAUUUGAGCACCACCAAAGGGGAACAGCCCAUGUCACACAAAGACUUCAUCGUGGUGAUCGCCAGUCAGCUUUGCGGUGUGGACAUGACAGGUAUGCCAAAGAACAGGGCAACUGAUCACACUCCUGUGCCCAUCAAUGCUGAGCAAAAGGCAAACAAAGUCAGACGGAAGUGCAGACACUGCCUCCAGGUGGACAAGCUCAGGAAAGACACUUCAUGGAAAUGCAAGCGAUGUGAUGUGCCACUGUGCCUUCUCCUUGACAGAAACUGUUUUGAGAAGUGGCACAACUGAUUUGUGUGCAGACUUAUCGUGACGCCCAUUUUGUAAAUAGUUGUAAGAAAAAAAAAUAAAACCCAUGAGACGUUGUGAUGUUGGAGAGAAUUUGUGAUGGAGUCAUUGAGACACAUUUUAUUAAAUGGUUGUUUA